AAGAGCAUAUUCCUUAUGCUUAUUGUUAUUUUAUUAAGUGCUCAUAUAAUAAUCAUCUUAAUCGUUUCAAAAUAUAUAGCGGUGUUGAUGCUCCAAAACAUUUUUUUAAAAAUAUUUUCGAUGACGUUAUCGAUAUUUAUCACCAGUUUUUGAAUAAAGCAGUUGGAAUGCAUCCAUUAACUGUCGACCAACUUAGACGUCAAAAAGAGGAUAUAGUUUGUCAUAUUUGUGGAAUGGAACUUUUAUUAAGUGAUAGGGUAGCAGACCAUUGUCAUUUAACUGGUGAAUAUAAAGGUCCGGCACAUAAAAAAUGUAAUUUGGAAUAUCAGAUAGCAAAUUUUAUUCCAAUAUUUUUUCAUAAUUUAUCGAAAUAUGAUUGCCAUCUAUUUAUUAAAGAAUUGUCAUCUGUUAAGGGAGAUAUAAAUAUUAUUCCCUUAAACAAAGAGUUGUACAUUUCGAUAUCAAAGAGAAUAUAUAUUAAUGAUAAAGAUACAAUUGAACUUAGGUUUUUAGAUUCUUUCCGAUUCAUGCCUUCUAGUUUAGACAGUUUAGCUAAGAAUUUAAAUAAUAAUGAUUUAGAAAUUACAAAGACUUUUUUCCCUAACGAUCACCAUUUUGAUUUAAUGAAACGUAAAGGUAUUUUCCCAUAUGACUACUUAGAUUCAGAAACAUGUCUCAACGAAACACAAUUACCUGCUCGUUCACAUUUCUUUAAUAAAUUAUCAAAUGAAUCAUGUAGUAUCGAAGAUUAUCAAUAUGCUCAAAAUGUUUGGACAACAUUCAAUUGUUCCAAUUUAUUAGAUUAUUUAUUUUUAUAUCUAAAAGUAGAUGUGCUACUCCUCAGUGACAUUUUUGAAAAUUUUAGAAAAUUAUGUAAAGGAAUUUAUCGACUAGAUCCAUGCCAAUAUUAUACAUCUCCAGGAUUAUCUUGGGAUGCAAUGCUCAAAAUAACUAGAACAGAAUUAGAAUUGUUUACUGAUGAAAACAUGCAUAAUUUUAUUUUGUCCGGUAUUAGGGGAGGUAUUGUUCAAUGUUGUAAACGGCAUUCAGUUGCUAACAAUAAAUAUUUAAGUGAUUACGAUGCGACUAAGCCUUCAAAUUUUAUAAUUUAUUUAGAUGUUAAUAAUUUAUAUGGUUAUGCUAUGUCACACAAUCUUCCUCAUAGCAAUUUUGAAUGGGUUGAAAACGUAGAUGAUUUUAAUGUUUUUAGUAUACCAGAAGAUUCUUUAGUUGGUUACAUAUUAGAAGUAGAUUUAGAUUAUCCUAUAACCACUCACAAUAUUCAUAAUGACUUCCCAUUGUGUUUCGAAAAUAAAAAAAUUGGAUCAAUGAAAAAUUCAAAGUUAAUUGGUGAUUUGGGAAAUAAGGUAAAAUAUAUAAUUCAUUAUAAAAGAUUACAACAGUGUAUUAAACAUGGUCUUGUAUUGAAGAAAAUUCAUAGAAUUCUACAAUUUAAUCAAUCGGAUUGGUUAAAAAAAUAUAUUGAUUUAAAUAAUUAUCAUAGAACAUUAGCAGCAAAUAAGUUUGAAGAAAAUUUUUUUAAAUUAUUAAAUAAUGCGGUGUAUGGGAAAACUAUGGAAAAUGUAAAUAAAAGAGUAGAUGUUAAAUUAGUACAAAAUUGGGAAAAUACUAAUAUUGGUGGAAGAGGCAGGAAAAGAUUAGGUGCUAGAGCCUUAAUAGCUAAACCCAAUUUCCAUAGUCUGAGCAAAUUUUCUGAUAAUUUAUUAGCGAUUCAAUUGAAACAAGUAUCAGUUCUGUACAACAAACCGAUAUAUAUUGGUUUUUCCGUUUUAGAACUUUCUAAAUUUAAAAUGUAUAGUUUCCAUUAUGAUUAUAUCAAAGAGAAAUAUAAAAAUAAUAUUACCUUGAAUUAUAUGGAUACUGAUUCAUUCAUUUAUGAUAUUCAAACUGAUGACUUUUAUAAUGAUAUUCGUAAUGAUAUUUCAAAAUUUUUUGAUACUUCUUCAUAUCCAAUAGAAAAUAUUUUUAAUUUUCCUCGAUUGAAUAAGAAGGUUUUAGGUAUGAUGAAGGAUGAAUGUAAUGGAAAGUUGAUAAAAGAAUUUAUUGGGUUAAGAGCGAAAAUUUAUUCAUUUAGAAUUGAUAAUGAUGUAAAUGAAACUAAGAAAAUUAAGGGAAUAAAAAAGUGUGUAACUUCUACAUUGAGCUUAAAUGAUUUUAAAAAAUGUCUGUUAGAAAAUAAAGUUUAUAAUGCGUCAAUGUAUACAUUUAGAUCUAAGCUGCAUACGAUUUAUACCCAAAAUAUUUGUAAAGUAGCUCUAAGCAAUGUAGAUGAUAAGCGAAUUGUACGGGAAAAUCAUAUUGAUACUUAUGCUUAUGGUCAUUUCAAAACAUUAUAA